ACCAUAUUUGAGAGGAGGAAGAACCUAAAAAUUUCCCCCCAAUAACCCCCAAGUGCCUCAGUAAAACCAACAAAACUACGACUUUGCCAUUCUCUCCAAAAAACCUCCAUUGAUCUCAGUCCUAGGGUUUUACGAAAAUCCAAAAUAAAUCAAUGGCAUCAUCAACUCGGAUCUUCGGUAACUGCUGUCGAGCUCUUUGUGGUGCUGCUAAGACUUCCGCAUCCACAACCACAACCACAACUACAGCUACGGUGACGAAGAGCAGAGGUCGGCCCAAUGGAAUACUGAAGCCGCAACCAGUUUCCCCUGCUCUCGGAAAGUUCUUAGGUAAUUCUGAAGCCUCCCGCACUGAUGCUGUCAAAAAAGUUUGGGAAUACAUUAAAACCCAUAAUCUUCAGAAUCCUGCAAACAAGAGAGAGAUACAUUGUGACGAAAAGUUGAAGAUGAUAUUUGAUGGCAAGGACAAAGUUGGUUUUCUAGAGAUUGCGAGGCUAUUAACCCAGCAUUUUCAGAAGGCUACUUAAGUUCCAGUCAGGCGGCAACUUCUGUAAACAUUAGGCACCUUCUGGAUAUCGAACUUUGUUGUUUACCUAGCUGGCUAGCUUUUUUCUGUUUCUAGUAGCUCUUUGGUUUUCCUUCACCCUGGUUUGAGUUACCAAGGGGGUAGAUCAGAUGCUCUUUAAAUCAAGUGUUUUGAAGAUGAAACGAAAAGCAACAGGGUAAUGGUAAAACUAACACCAUCGUUGUUAAUCCACCCCAAAGAUCUCUCCAUGUUCCUUUCACAAUUUGAAGUUAAGCUAGGUAUGUGGGAUAAAAUGCAUUUGGAGCACAAUUUGUACUAGUUGAAAUGUAAAAUUCUUGUUGCAGCAAUAUCAGUUCUCGUCAUUUUGCUGAUAAAAA